UAUAAAUAGCUCCUCUUCCCUGGCCAUGGCAUCGAGUAGCAGAGACAGUCCCUCCCUGCUACUGUUCUUGCCAUCAAGCCUUCACAUUUCUCCGCUUACUGCUUCAAAGAUGGACAGGAAACAAUUGCAACACCAGGUCGCCUACAUGAGGAAGUCCCUGUUUGAUCAGGGAUACCUUGAUGAUCAAUUCAAUCAACUCGAGGAUUUGCAAGAUGAAGCAAACCCAAAUUUUGUAGAGGAAGUUGUGACACUGUUCUACAGUGACUCCGCUAGAUUCAUUCAGAACAUUGAGCAGGCAAUGAUCAAGAAGCCUAAUAUUGAUUUUGGCAAGCUGGAUGAUUACAUGCAUCAGUUCAAGGGUAGUAGCUCAAGCUUUGGAGCCAAGAAGAUGAAAAAGGAAUGCUCACAGUUCAGGGAAUGCUGCUCUGCUGGAAACAUCGAAGGAUGCAUCAAGACAUUUCAACAAGUCAAGCAAGAGCAUGCCACUUUGAGGAGGAAGCUAGAAACUUACUUUCAGUUGGUAAAACAUGCUGGAAUAGCUGGGAGAACAUGAAGUUCCAAUCCAUAUAUAAUAUACGAGCCCAGUAAUCCUAACCAGCAUUUGGUGGGUUAUUUCUAGACGCAGGAAACAGAGUUAUUAUCCAUGGCUUCCCUGGGAGUAAUGUUAUAGAUAUGUAGAUCUUAUUCCAACACUUCCCAUGGUUUUGAUUGCAAGUUGGAGAGACAGAGCGUCCCAAGGCCAGGCUCAUAUGCUUAGCAGAGACUAAUGUAAUGUCAACUUAAGAGUCAAAAUGUAUUUUAUGCACUUCAAUUACAAGUUAAUCACAACUUUUAAACAAGAA